AUUUUGGAGAUUUCUUACCCAAUACUACUCCCACCAUAGUAACAUGCACAAUCUACAAGGACAAAAACCACUGUUCAAAUUGCCCUGAACCACUAACCAAUCUCUGCUCGUCAAGAGCCGCCUCAACUAAGAGCUUUUUGGCACUUACAGUGAAAUCUGUUCACAGAGGACAGCUAAGUACCAUGUAACUCUCAACUCUUCAAGGCACUUCCUUUGUCUCGGAUCUAGGCCGGAUUCUGGUGACUUCGAUGAGUUCCCGGGGAGUAUUUGGUUGUCGCCUGGUUUUUGGCCAACCUGUCCCCGGGCUCUAAGGGUUGAACGAGCUCAGUCAGUGGUGACGAAAGAACGAGGUUCAUGAUGCGUAGGUGCGCGUCUGCCAGGGGCUCGCAGGGCUAAUUUCAGAUUUACAAGUCGGCGUACCCGCCGAACCUUUCGGCAUAUAUCACAGGAUCGCCAGACCUGAGGAUCCUCAUUUCAAGAUAGAAUUCAGCGUGUCCAGAGCUCAACUCACCGAAUUCAAGAUGCGUCGUUUGGUGGUGAUAUUCGUGCUUUUGGGGUUGGCAUGUGUGGCCAUGGGGCAGAGAAAGGCCAUCAAGUUCCCCAAAGAGAAAAAGAAUAGCGUAGUGAAGGUCAAGGCCGAUCCUAAGUUGGAGGCCGCCAAGGGCGAUGUCCGUAUUGGACCGGAUGGACGACCCUUAUUGUUUGGUCCUAACAUAGAAUUGUGCAAGAACCGUACCUCUCACGGAAAAUUGGGCAAACAUCACUAUUUUCUCUCGUGGAGGGAGCCAUGGCACAAGUUCGAGGAUUGGGAUUGGUUCAAUGGGCGGAACUUCUGCCGAGAGCGAUGCAUGGAUCUCAUCAGUUUUGACGACCCCGUCGAAUUCAAGAUGUUCGAGGAAGUCAUGCAACAAGAUAAUAUCUCUUCCAUCUACACUUCCGGCCGUAAGUGCAAUUUCAAGGGUAAAGGCUGUGAGCAAGAGCAAUUUCAACCCAUCAAUGUCAAUGGAUGGUUUUGGGCUGGAGCUGGUAAUGCCCGCAUUCCACCCACCAACAAACGGAACCGUGGGACCUUCUGGAGUCACACCGGAGAAUUGAAGAAGCCCCAACCAGAUAAUUAUGAGGGACUCAAGGCCGGCAAAUUGGAGAAAGUGAGCGACCCUGUGGGUCUGACCUUGGAGGAUCUCCAGGAAUGGCACGACGAGGCUUGUCUGGCUGUGCUUAACAAUAAAUAUAACGACAAGAUCCGUUGGCACGACGUGGCCUGUCAUUUCCGAUCCAAGAUCGUGUGCGAAGACUCGGAACAAUUGAUUAAACGCGCAUUGUCUGAGAACCCUGGACACACCAUUCCCGAACCCGUGGCCCAAACCGAUUAAGCUUUCAUUGGCUCUUGCUUCGACUAUUUAUCUUUGUCAAUCUUAUUUAUAUAGUACAACAUCCAUUCCACUUUUAAAUAAACCGUUACUGAUACUGA